AUGCAAACUGCCAUAUUCAAUUUAACUGGUAAGAUAUGGUUAUUUGUGGAGGAUUUAUUUGUGGUUAAAGUCUUGGUAGAUCAUGAGCAACACAUUACUGUUAAGCUUAACAGUAAUGGGCAACAAGAGGAGAUAGUAAUUUCUAUAGUAUAUGCUAAGUGUACUAAUAGAGAAAGACUAGAUUUAUGGGGUAGUUUGGAGGACUUAGCUUCUCAAAUGCAUAAACCAAUGAUAAUGGCAGGAGAUUUUAACGUGAUCAUGUCUGAGGAAGAAAAAUAUGGGGGUCUGGCAGUAGGGACAAAUGAAAUUCAGGACUUCAAAUUGAGUAUGCAAAAUUGUGAGGUCCAGGAUCUUAGUUUUAAAGGCAAUAGAUAUACAUGGUGGAAUGGGCAAAGUGGAGAUGAUCGUAUUUUCAAAAGACUAGACAGAUGUUUGGGUAAUUUUAGACUACAACAAAUGUUUCCAGAAAUUGAGGUUUAUCAUUUAAUCAAAACAAGCUCAGAUCAUGCUCCCUUGUUGAUAAAGGCUGCUUUAGUACAGUGGAGCAAUGAUACAUUUGGGAACAUAUUUCAAGAAAUUGAAACCUUGGAAGAUGUGAUUAAAGUUCAUGAAAUACAGUUUGAAUUGCAGCCUACUCCUCAUAAUAGAGAGAAGCUACAUAGAGUUUAG